GAGAAAUAAACAGUUCAGCCGUCUAUUCAGAUGUCUGAAGCCUAAUCCUUUUAGGAUCCAUACAGAUACACUUCGUGAUUCGCCGUCCUUAAACAUUCGGUAUUGAAUUGCGCCCAGAUACGCAAUACUUCUGCAGUGCUGCGGUCAAUCUUGAGCCUGCGCUUCUUAUUACGUAUAUCUUCCACUUAUAACAACGUUCUCGGCCGAUGAUCCCCAGAAGAUUCCCAGCACUUCCCCAGAAGGUUUACAGACCAUUUGAAAGCUUUGACCAUUACAUCCCUCUCUUCUCAAGAAUCCAUUCUAGUACUGGUCGACAGUUCCAAAGGGCAUCUGCGCAACAAACCGACGAAACUCCAACUUCCUGGCCAGCCAACAAGCAGAAGCUCGAUAUGCCUUCUGAUAGCAAAAAAGGGGAAAUCAAUCCAGGACCAAGUGCCGGCGAUGUGGAUAAGUAUCUCAACUCAAAAAUCCUUUCCCCAUCUUUUGGGGGCGACCCCAUAUUCAAGCGUAUUUCAGCACGGGCACAACAGGCCGGUCUACCAAACAUCGCUGUCUCCGCGCAGCAAGGGCAGCUCCUCACGAUUCUUGCCCUCUCCAUCCGUGCUGAACGAAUUUUGGAAGUCGGUACGCUAGCCGGGUACUCUACCGCCUGCCUCGUCAAAGCUUUGCCCAACCAUGGACAAAUCGACACCCUUGAAGUCAAACCCGAACACGCUAAGGUCGCUCAGGAGAAUUUCAUUGACGCAGAUUUGUAUCCGUUCCCUAAGAUCCAUGUGGGACCGGCGAUUGAGACUCUGAAGAGGAUGGAGACUCCAGAUGAAGGGCCUUAUGAUUUGGUAUUCAUCGAUGCUGAUAAGAGCACAACCCUCGAAUAUUUCCUGGAGAGUAUGCGGCUCUUGAGAAAGGGGGGGUUGAUCAUUGUUGACAACGCUGUCAGGAGUGGAAGAAUCGCCAGCCCGGAAGAAGACAGCAACCCAGAUGUUGCAGGUAUGCGAAAGCUGUACGACUGGGUUCAUGGGGAUGAUGGAAGAUCUGUCUUGAUGAAUGUGACCCAAACAGUGGGAGACAAGUUCUGGGAUGGGUUUGCAAUUGCUAUUAAGCUCAACUAGCGUAGCACCGAAAGAUGGCAAAAAAGUGAGCUGGGAGAUUGAGCAGAUCUCAAAGUUGUAGGGAUGAUUAAGACUGUUAAUGGAAUGCACCCUUUUGCGAAUUGACC